AUGUCGGACGUCUCCUCGAGCUUCAGCGAGUCUGCCAGACACCGCCAGUCCAAGAAGGACGAGGCUAUCCGCCGCAAGAUUGAGCAGGAGUUGUCUAAGAAGCGCCAUAGCUCCCGAAAGGCCAAACAGACACAAAAGGUUAUGGCCGGGACCGUCUCGGCCCUGCGUGUUUCCCAGGCGCUGACGGUUUCAGAGUCAAUCACAGUGACGGAGGCAUCCCAGAACAUGGCUGCUAAGCGUGCGGACUGUGUCCUGGUCAUCAAUGACGAGGAGCAUCUCUCGGGUAUCUUCACAGCCAAGGAUUUGGCCUUCCGAGUUGUCGCAGCUGGCCUCGAUCCUCGUUCGACCCGCGUCGCUGAUAUCAUGACCCCCAAUCCCAUGGUUGUCACGACUGACCGUAGCGCUACCGACGCUUUGAACUUGAUGGUUCAAAAGGGCUUCAGACACUUGGCAAAUUCUGAGAUUGUCGGUCUCUUAGAUAUCACAAAGUGUCUGUAUGAGUCGUUGUCAAAGAUGGAAAGGGCCUACGGACAGUCCAAAAAGUUGUACGAUGCUUUGGAGGGCGUAGACAAGGAGUGGGGCGGCAUGCAAAACGUGGCCAUGGUUCAGUACAUGGAGACUUUGAGAGAAAAGAUGAUGUGUCCCGACCUCAGCUCUGUUCUGGAUGGGUCACCUGCGGCUGAGGUCAGUGUGAAGGCAACUGUCAAGGAGGCUGCUAAGCUAAUGAAGGAACGUCGUGUCACUGCAGUCUUGGUCAUGGAUCAGAACGGAAUUGACAUUGCUGGAAUCUUUACCUCCAAAGAUAUCGUCCUGCGUGUUAUUGCUGCCCAAUUGGAGCCCAGCAACUGCAGCGUGGUGCGUGUCAUGACCCCUCAUCCCGACACUGCCCCUUCGUCAAUGACAAUCAUGGACGCCUUGCGCAAGAUGCAUGAUGGUCACUAUCUGAACUUGCCCGUUGUUGAGGAGGACAAGGAGAUUGUUGGAGUGGUGGAUGUUCUCAAGCUGACGUACGCCACCAUGGAGCAGAUCAACUCAAUGAAUUCCAAGGAUUCAGAGUCAGGACCCAUGUGGAACCACUUCUGGAACUCGGCUGCGAUGGCAGAUGGUGAUGAGGGCUCGGUUGUUUCCGAAUCUAUGGCUGCCUCUUCGAUCAUGUCGCCAAGUCUCGCCGCGUCUCCCAGCAGCCACCAGGCCAUGCAGCCAUUCCCUGGCGAGAUCUUCCCCAAUGAAUCCGCCUCGGUAGUCGCUGAGGACCGCAGCGAGCUUAUCCACAAGCAAAUCGAGGAAGAAAGCACGACCUUUGUAUUCAAAUUUAAGUCACCCAUUUCCAACACUGUUCACAGAUUCACAGCUGACUUCACGGACUUGAGUCGCCUUCGAGAAACCAUCAUGGAGAAGGAGCCUUUUGGCCCCGAGUCCGACCCUAGCCAGAGCGCUCUUCUCGCUGAAUUCAACAUUUCGUACUUGGACGAUGAGCAGGAUUAUGUGAUGAUGACCUCGGAUGCGGACUUGGCCGACUCGGUUGCGAUUGCCAAAAAGCAAGGUCAGAACCGCGUCAUGCUGUUUGUCGCAGACCCGAGAGCCUCUCAGGUCCUUCCCCCCAGCAGCGCUACUCUCUCCACUGUCAGUGCGCCCGCACCCGUUACUGCUCCAGCAUCGGUUGUCCCAGAAGAACAGAUCCGUAGCCCAGUUGAGCAGACCCCCAAGGCCGUCGCUCCUGUGGAACCCAAGAAGGCGCCCUCUGAACUCAAGAAGAUGCUGGAGUCUAUCCCUGAGGAAUAUCUUCUCCCCGGAGCUCUGGUAACGCUUUCAGUCACGAUCAUUGCCGUUUUUGCCAUUGCCAGACUUGCCAAGUAG